AUGAUGGCAGCCAAGAAGUGGACAGUAGAGGAGGUAUUCAGGUGGACUCCUGUACGCUUCGCAGAGGAGACUGGCUCCUGGGAAUGGAUCGAGAAAAUGCUGCAAAGUGGCAUGUCUGCAAAGGAUCUCACUGUCACUACGAGAAGGCUGUCCAUCGUAGAGACAGGAGCUUCCCUGAUGCGCGACGUCUGCUCAGCAGGCCACCUGCAGCUGCUGAGGCUGGCGUUGUCGGUGGACGCGAAGCUGGCAUCGGCGCUUCUGGACGGGUGUGGGUCGACCCCCCUGCACGUGGCGGCAGCCAACAGGCGCGACGUGGCGGUACGGCUGCUGCUGGAGGCGGGCGCCGACUACGAGGUGAGAGACGGCCGCGGGCGCACGCCCCUCCACGCCGCCGCCGUCAGUGGCAGCGUCCACGCCCUCCGGCUGCUCCUGGAUGCCGGCGGCGAUCCGGAGAGCCGGGACUCUGAAGGAAAAACGGCGGUGCACCUCGCCUGCGAAGAAGGCCACACGAGCGUCCUGAUGGUGCUGUACAAGAGGGGCGUGUCCCGCAGUCUAGUCAAGAUGCAGCUGCUCUUGUCGGGCGAAAGUGGCAACGUAGAGGGGGUACGACUCGCGCUGAAGCAUACGUCUAGCUGGGGCGGCGCGUGGAGCGAGCUGCACACCGUGGCCAUCAAGGGAAGUGGCACGGCAGUGAGGACUCUACUGGCUGCAGGCUUGGACCCGAACGCCCGCGACGCCAACGGCGACACCCCGCUGCACGCCGUGGCGGCCGCGGACGUGGACGCGGCCGACUCGAGCGGCUCGACGCCGCUGCACUACGCGGUGCGCGCUGGAAACCUGGGGGUGGCGCGCGUGCUGCUGGCCGCGGGCGCCGACGUGGAGGCGCGCGACGCCGAGGGCGACACGCCGCUGCUGCGCGCCGCCGCCAGGGGCUGCGCCGACGCCGUGGCCGCGCUCGUCGCCGCCGGUGCCAGGACCGACGCCACUGACGCCGCCGGCAGGACCGCCGCACAGGUGGCCAGGCUGCUAGGCCACAGUGGGCUCAUCAGCGGCCUGCUGGAUCGCACACACAACAGCCACAUAGCAGAAGGAAUACCGGUUGCGGCGUUUCGACGUUAA